AUGGAAUUAGAUGAUGAUGAUAGACUGAAAAGUGUGUUUUGGGCAGACGCCCGUAGUAGAGGGGCAUACAACUAUUUUGGAGAUGUGGUAACAUUCGAUACCACAUACUUGACAAAUAGGUAUGGAAUGCCAUUUGCACCUUUUGUGGGUGUAAACCAUCAUGGACAGUCAAUCCUUUUGGGUGCAGGCCUUAUUUCAAGUGAGGAUACAGAAUCGUUUAUUUGGUUAUUUAAAACUUGGCUUGAUUGCAUGGAUGGAAAAGCGCCGAAUGCUAUUAUUACAGAUCAAGAUCGCGCAAUGAAAAAUGCGAUCGCCAUUGUCUUCCCGCACACGCGGCAUAGAUAUUGCUUGUGGCACAUAUUGCGAAAGGUCCCUGAGAAACUUGGUUCACAUGGUCAAUACAAAUGUGGCCUGAAAAGUAAGUUGCUAUCUUGUGUAUAUGACUCCCUUACAAUUGAGGAGUUUGAGAAUUCUUGGAAAAGCCUCAAUGAUACUUUCAACUUGCAUGAAAAUGCAUGGUUGCAAAGCUUAUAUGCAGAAAAAGAGUUUUGGGUGCCGUUCGACAAUGCUCUCAAGAAAAAAGUUGAGAACGAAAACCAAGCUGACUUCAAUUCAUUUAACUUCACCAUUCCUUGCAUAUCACACUUGGCUCUUGAGAAGAAGUUUCAAAAUGUCUACACCUCUGCAAAAUUUAAGGAGGUUCAACAAGAGAUAAUGGGAAUGAUAUAUUGUCAUUGUCGUUUCGAGAAAAUGGAGGGAGUAAUUGCAAUUUACUCGGUCGAUGAUCAAGUAAAGGCUGAAGAUUUCAUCAAGGAGGUUACGUAUACUCUUUACUUUAAUGAGGCCGAGUGUGAGGCGAAGUGUGUUUGUGGGUUGUUUGAGAUGCGAGGGAGACCUGAAACUGUUAGGUAUAAACGUAUUUUGAGAACUUUCAAUGAGGUAAUAACAAAUGCAGUUUCGUGCGAUAGGCAUACUGAGGAAAUGAUUUCAAACUUGUAUGCAAUGAAUGAGGUUUGGCGCACAUCGAAGCCCUCCAACACGGAUUCCAAUGUUGGAGGAAGUACCGUGAAUGCAUUCACAGAAGGAAGUUCCAAGAAGGUGCUAAGUCCCCAUGUUGUCAGAGGCAAGGGAAGACCCCCGUGUAAGAGGAGGAUGUCCAAGAUGGAGGAAAGAGUGAAGAAAAUUAAAACUAAGACUGCAAAUAAGAGAAAAGAUAAAGGACAAAGUUGCACUGUGAGGCGUAGAUUGGACACCGAACCAUUGGAAAGCACUGAAAACCAACUCGGCCUAUCGGAAAUGAGGAUGGAAGAAAAUGUACAAACUCCCAUAAUGGUCAAUGAAGAAAGUGGACAACAUCCAGUGAUGGGGACACAAGAAAGUAUACAACUAGGAAUGGAUGGAACGCAGCCGGAGACGGAAUUUGGAACGCAACCCUGCAGUUUCUAG